GGGGAACGGAGCCGUCCGCAGCCGCCGGAGCCGGGAGCCCUGCCCGAGCCGGAACAGCGUCCCCUGCUGAGCCCCGAGCGCCGGGUGAGAGGAGGGCGCGCGCGGCUCCUCGCCCAGGGCCCUGAGAUUCCAGACCCGGUCCCGCAAGGGGCAUCCCGAGCGCGGCCCCGAGAUCCCAGCCCAGACCCGGCCGGCAGCCGGAUGCCCGGGCCCACUGGGCGGGCCAGCGGCCGCCUGCGGGAUGAGCAGACUGCUGGGGGGUACGCUGGAGCGCGUGUGCAAGGCUGUGCUCCUUCUCUGCCUGCUGCACUUUCUCGUGGCGGUCAUCCUCUACUUUGACGUCUACACCCAGCACCUGGCCUUCUUCAGCCGCUUCAGUGCCCGCGGCCCUGCCCGUACCCUCCACCCAGCUGCCAGCAGCAGCAGCAACUGCUCCCGGCCCAACGCCACUGCCCCCAGCUCGGGGCUCCCUGAGGUCCCCAGUGCCCAGCCUGGUCCCACGGCUUCUGUGCCUCCACCUUGUCCUGACUUGCCACCCGGUCUUGUGGGCCGGCUGCUGAUCGAGUUCACCUCACCCAUGCCUCUGGAGCGGGUGCAGAGGGAGAACCCAGGCGUGCUCCUGGGCGGCCGUUAUACACCACCCGACUGCACCCCAGCCCAGACGGUGGCAGUCAUCAUUCCCUUUAGACACCGGGAGCACCACCUACGCUACUGGCUCCACUACCUUCACCCCAUCUUGAGACGGCAGCGGCUACGCUAUGGCGUCUAUGUCAUCAACCAGCAUGGUGAAGACACCUUCAACCGGGCCAAGCUGCUCAACGUGGGCUUCCUAGAGGCAUUGAAGGAGGAUGCUGCCUAUGACUGCUUCAUCUUCAGCGACGUGGACCUGAUCCCCAUGGAUGACCGCAAUCUAUACCGCUGCGGUGACCAGCCCCGCCACUUUGCCAUUGCCAUGGACAAAUUCGGCUUCCGGCUGCCCUAUGCUGGCUACUUUGGAGGCGUGUCAGGCCUGAGUAAGGCCCAGUUUCUGAGAAUCAAUGGCUUCCCCAACGAGUACUGGGGCUGGGGUGGUGAGGAUGAUGACAUCUUCAACAGGAUCUCCCUGACUGGGAUGAAGAUCUCACGCCCAGACAUCCGAAUAGGCCGCUACCGCAUGAUCAAGCAUGACCGGGACAAGCAUAAUGAGCCCAACCCUCAGAGGUUUACCAAGAUUCAAAACACGAAGCUGACCAUGAAGCGAGAUGGCAUCGGAUCAGUGCGGUACCAGGUCUUAGAAGUGUCUCGGCAACCACUCUUCACCAACAUCACAGUGGACAUUGGGCGGCCCCCAUCAUGGCCUCCUCGAGGCUGACACUAAUGGACAAAGGCUCUCUGUGCCGAGGAUUGCCUGCCAGAGGACUGACCUACAGCCUGGCUGGCAGCUGCUCUGUGGGGGAUCCCCAGGACUUUGGGCUUUGUUUUCUGAGGGUCUUCAAUAGGCCCCCAGCUACACCUGAAAGUUUCAGAACCCACUUUGGGGGACUUCCUGCCUGGGCAGGACCCUCAAGUGUGGCCCUCACUCCUGCCCCACUCCCCCCAGGCCAGACCCAGUCACUGGCAGGGUCGGGCCAGCCCCUGCACUGCCUCGCGGAGUGGCUAGGUCACUCCACCUCUCUGUGCCUCAGUUUCCCCCCCUUGAGUCCCCUAGGGCCUGGAAGGGUGGGAGGUAUGACUAGGGGGCAGUGUCUCUUCCAGGGGGAAUUCUCAGAUCUGGGGAACCCCCUUGUUCCCAGGGGAGGGGAAACCUUUUUCAUUCAACAUUGUAGGGGGCAAGCCUUGGUGUGCCCCCUGCUGAGGAGCAGCCCCAGUAGGGGACCAGAAGGGGUGCUGUGUCCUGCCUGGGAUCUUGGAGUUGGCCUUUGCAUGGGGGAGCAGGUGAGGCUUGGAUCAGUCAGUCUGGUUCCCGCCUCCCUGUCUCAGAGAGGAAGCAGAAGCCCCAGGGCCGGCUCGUGUUUGUACAUUGCACAGAAACUUGUGUGGGUGCUUUAGUAAAAAACGUGAAUGGAGCAGCCCCCCUGUCUGUUUGGGGAUGGGGAUCUGAGUCCCUGAACCUAAUUACCCUGAGUGUGUUGUAGUGGAAGAACACCUGGCCCAAUAUGUAAACCUGGCUCUCUAAGCACCGCCACUCCCUAGACUUCCACAGGCCCUGGGAAAAAAGUUCACCCUGCCGCUGCUCCAGGCCAGUCGAGGCAAGAAGUAAUAAACCUAGUGGGCACAGA